UAAAAGACUUAUAUUUAGGAACAGAGGUAGUAUGAUUUAUAUGAAUUAUAAAGUACGUCUUUUGAUCUAUGUUGUAUGAGAUUAUAUGAAUUUGAAGAUUUUUUUGUGUGGAAAAGGCUGUGAAAGCUGGCAAAUGAGAGAUGGCCGUCGGCGGACUAUAUAUUGUGGGCCAAAUCUGUGAAGUGUGAUCGUAGGUGUUGUUAUCGUAGGUCUACGUAAGACUUGAUCAAUGAUUGAAGACACUGCAGUGGCGAGCAGCAGCCCUAGAAAUGACCUUGCAGCGUGUAGUACACUGGCGAGAUGCAGGCUCUGGAGCAUGCAUUGAUCAGGGUCAGGGUGGGGUGGUAGCUGUCUGUAAACUGUUCCUACUGCUAUAUGCAUUCAUAUCACUGGGUGAACUCCUCUUGGAAGAUAAAAUUACUGGGUGAAUUCUUCCGUGGCACAUGUUGCUAUUAUUUGCGGCUCACCCUCUGCUUCUCUACUUCCUCUCCCAUCGUCACUCUCCCUCCCGAGCUCUGCCCCCUUCCCCUUCUAGCCUCCGCCGCUCUAUCCCGGCCAUCUUCCCCGCCUCGCUGCGAGCGACUGCCCUGCCAGGGCUCCACCUGACGGUAACCCGUUCCUUUCGUCUUCUGUGUACACUUGUCAACUAUGGCAAAAUAUUUCUGCCCAUGACGACUUUGACGGACUCUGGUGUCCGGUCAACCCCAUGGUUGAGAGCCGCAAGAACACAGUUCCUCGAUCGGUUUAUAUGGUACUUCUUGAUCUUUAAUUCCCCACGGUUAAUUUCUGCAGCUGUUUCCUAUCCUUGAGCCUGAAAUUACCUGCGCCAAAAGUGGUUGUAAAACUCAUGCUGCUGUGAGCUUGUUACUUUGCUCUUUCACAAGCAUAUAUGUGGAAGAAGUCUCAAUGGGCAAGACCCUUCCUGUCAUUUUCACCCUCCUACUGUUGAUUUGUUUAUGCAAAUCCGAUGACCGCCUAACACCGGCGAAGCCACUCUUGCCGGGCGACAAGCUCGUCUCAAACAAUGGCAUUUUCGCUCUUGGCUUCUUCUCCUCGGACCCAGAGAACUCUAGGGCCGCAAACUCUUACUUAGGCAUAUGGUACCACGACAUCCCGGAGAGGACAUAUGUGUGGGUGGCCAACCGCGACAACCCGAUCGGCAGCGGUUUGUCGGGGAAGUUGGUUCUGACAAACACCUCUGAUCUCGUCUUGUCAGACUCCAAAGGCCGUGUCCUCUGGAGGACGACGAACAACAUCACCACCGGCGGUGACGGGGCCGUGGCGCUGCUGCUCGAGGCGGGGAACUUUGUCCUCCAAUUGCGCAAUUUCACACAGAUAUGGCAGAGCUAUGAUCACCCGACCGACACCAUCCUCCCCAGCUUCAAGUUAUGGGCCAACUACAAGGUACACACAGCAGUGCGCCUCGUCGCUUGGAAGGGUCCUCAGGACCCGUCCACCGGGAUGUUCUUCCUCAGUCGUGAUCCCGGCACGGGCCUCCAGGUCCUCACCUUGCGCGGGAGAAGCAAGUACUGGCGCAGCGGGCUGUGGAAUGGUGCGGAAGCCUCAGACAAGAACGGGUUCAUGUGGUCCCAGAUUGUCGAUGACGGGGAGACCAUCUACUCGACGUACAACACGGGCAACAGCUCCGCCCGGAGGUCGCACUGGAAGCUGGACUACAAUGGCGACUUGAUGCUGAGGAUCUGGAGCGGCCAGUCAUGGAUGCCUCUGUUCAAGCGCCCAGAUUCUGGCUGCCGCCGCUACGGUUCAUGUGGUCCGUUCGGGUACUGCGACAUGUUCGACAAGAUCUGCAGGUGCCUGGAUGGGUUCCAGCCGGCAGAUGGCUUCGGCGCUAUCCCCUCCAGAGGAUGCGUGAGAAAGGAGAACCUGACAUGCCGUGGUGACCAUUUCUUGACUUUGCCGGAGAUGAAGGUGCCUGACAAGUUUGUGUAUGUGAGGAACAGAAGCUUCGAGGAGUGCACCGCUGAUUGUGAGCGUGACUGCUCCUGCACCGCGUAUGCUUACACCAACCUGAGCAGUAUCGUCGCAACCGGUGGCCCGUCAAGAUGCUUGAUCUGGACAGGGGAGCUUGUUGACUCUGAGAAGGCCGGUAUGCUUGGUGGCAACCUGUACCUUCGGCUUGCUGGCUCUCAAGAACGCAGUCCUGCAGUAAACAACACGAAGAGCGGUGUCGGUGUGGUAUUCAAGAUCGCACUCCCAGUUAUAUUUGUCCUGCUGACACUCAUAUGCAUAUAUCUCGUCUGCAUAUGGAAGCCAAAAGCAGGGAUACAAGUAAAAAAUGAAACCCUGAAAAGACCGGCCCUGGAACACUUGGAUCAAAAUUUGGAAUUCCGGUCUAUUAGGUUCCAAGACAUUGCCACUGCAACAAACAGUUUCCAUGACACAAACGUACUUGGAAAAGGAGGUUUUGGCAAAGUCUAUAAGGGAACACUAGAAGAUGGAAAGGAAGUUGCUGUUAAAAGGCUUAGCAAGGGUUCUGAUCAGGGGAUAGAGCAUUUUAGAAACGAAGUGGUUCUUAUUGCCAAACUGCAGCACAAGAAUCUAGUUAGACUUCUUGGUUGCUGUAUUCAUGAGGAUGAGAAGUUGCUUAUUUAUGAAUACCUGCCCAACAAAAGCCUGGACCAGUUUCUUUUUGAUAUUGCAAGGAAGUCUAUGCUUGAUUGGCCAAAAAGGUUCAACAUAAUCAAAGGGGUAGCUAGAGGACUUAUGUAUCUCCACCAAGAUUCGAGAACGACUAUAAUCCAUAGAGACCUCAAACCAAGCAACAUCCUGCUAGACGUGCAGAUGAAUCCGAAAAUAUCAGAUUUUGGAAUGGCAAGGAUCUUUGGAGGCAACGAGCAACAAGAAAGUACCAGACGAGUUGUUGGAACGUACGGGUACAUGUCGCCUGAGUAUGCGAUGGAGGGCAUUUUCUCCGUCAAGUCCGACACCUACAGCUUUGGUAUUUUGCUACUAGAGAUUGUAAGCGGAUUAAAGAUCAGCUCACCUCAUCACCUUGUGAUGGACUUUUCAAAUCUCAUAUCAUGUGCAUGGAACUUGUGGGCAGAUGGCAAAGUGAAGGAUUUCGUGGACGCAGCCGUAAUGGAGAGCUACUCGCUUGAUGAAGUGUCCAAGUGCAUCCAUGUUGGGCUCUUGUGUGUCCAGGACAGCUCCAGUGCUCGGCCUCACAUGUCAUCCGUUGUGUCUAUGCUCGACAGUGAAGCCACGCCUCGUGCAGCUCCCAAGCAACCUACGUAUUUCGCGCAAAUAAAUUACGAAACUAGUGACGCGACAGAAGAUUUGGAAAACUCUGCCAAUGGUGUGAGCCUUACGGCACUAGAAGGACGAUAACUGGCUCAUCUAACUGUGCCAUUCCCUAUUAAUUAUUAAGAUUUACUUAUAUUCUACGCAAUGCACUUUAUUGAAGAUUUGCGUCCUUCUUUUCCUUGUUGGCUAUGGCAUUGAGCCCACUUAUGUUGGGUUGUACUGUUGACACUGGUUGAGUACUUUUUGUCAAAUUAAUUGAGCGAUAAAUGCUUUUU